AUGGCGUCUGCCACUCGCCUUUCGCUUCCUCCUCCCUCUUCUUGCCCCGCUGCUCCCUCCGCCUCCCUUCUCCCCGCUGUAUCUACACGCGACCUGGACGAGCAGUGGCACGGGUCUUGUUCCUUUCUCCUGUUUUCUCGCGCGCCUUACAACCCGACUCCGACCGCCGAGCGCCUCGCUCUUCCCUCGCGUUCUUCCUCACUCGCCUCUGUCUCCUCUGCCGUUCACGACCCGCAGACACCUCUCCCUGACAACGCCGCUGCGCCGGACUCCUCUCCAAGCUCUGUUUCUUCUGUCUCUUCUCGCGCGUCGGUCCUCAAGGAAGAAAGAGCUUUCGGCUCGGCGCCGCCGCCCUCUUCAGGCAGAGUCAUCUUGGCUGCCAGGAAGGCCGCAAUUCUGUGGAAAGCGAGGGAAGAGGAACUCAAGGAGGCGCAGGACGGGACUAACGCCGGCGCAGAUUCCGCAAAAGAAGUCUUCAACAAAUUCUUCUCCGAGGACACUGAGGCAAGUGCAAAACGCCGAACGCGCAACAUGCAAAGAAAAAGUCUUCAGCGCAUUUCCACACGCAGCUCUGCCCGAACCUCUCGACUUUGUGCUGAUCCAGAGAGAUCAGGAAGAUCGCGUUUCGUCGCCAGUUGUGGUGCUUUCGUUUGGGGCCUUCUAAGAGUCUCUUCCAGGAAACGUCUCUCCCUGCUCUGUGUCUUCCUUUCCAGGAACGCCUCGUGGCCGCAGCCAGCAUCGGCACCUUGUGCGCGGCUCUCGGCGAGGGCCGAAAGGAUUUUGUCGCUUUCCUGCUCUGUACGUUUUCAACCGUCCUCUAAACGGCCGCGCCUUCCCCUGCGCAAACACAGCUCUCUGGAAUUCGAAAUUGAUAAGCAUGUGCAUAUCUGUGGAGACACCCGUGUCGAGAGAUCUGUGCUGGCAUGCACGCGCGUAUGCACGUUUAUACAGUCUGUAAAAGUGGGAGAAAAAAAGGCAGAUGGAGACGGAGAGAGAGGCGAGGUAGCGCGACCGGUUUGUGUAGCUCCGCAGGUCGAUGACCAGAUAACGCGCCUGUCGAUAUGA